CGGAAAGGGGUUCCUCGAGCCUCUUCCUCCUCUCCGACUUCAGCUACUCAUUACGUUCGGUUUGUUUCGCGAGAAAAUGUGUAAAAUAUAAAAGAUAUGGAAGCUUUCAUGCCUGUUCGUUCAUUGUAACCCCAGUAAAUAAUAUACUCCACCCAGGAUUGGUUGGUUGCUCUUAUGGAGGAGAAGCCAGCGCGCUCUAUGAAACGCCCACUCUCAGAAGACGAUGUCCUCAACAAGCCCCCAAUGCAGAAGAGAGUGAAAUUUCCGAAGGGUAAAAAGGUGAAACCAGGAGAUGAAGUUUUAAAUUCAGGAAAAGAUGAAGAUGUCCCAAGUGAGUUGAAAGAUCCACGUCUCGCUGCGAAAGAACGUGCAAAACAUCGGACUCAGAUUACUGCUGAACUCUUCAGUGAAGAAAGUAGGGGGAUUUUUCAUGACAUCUCAGCUGCAGAAAUGAACUAUGAGGGUGAUGAGAACUUUGAUGAUGAUGGGAUUCAAAUAGAACCUUUUAAUCUGAAUCAAGAGAGGGAAGAAGGCUACUUUGAUUCAGAGGGAAAUUUUGUGGAAUAUGUAAACGAGAAAGAAAUUAAGGAUGCAUGGCUUGAUAGUGUUGAUCUUGAACCAAAAUUUGACAAAAGAAACUCUAUGGUGACAAAAGUUGAAGAUGACACCCAAGACCUUACAACAGCGGCUAUUGCAAAAAUAAAGAGGCGUAUUGCCGACCUGCUUGAGCCAGGAGAAACGGUUUUACAAGCUUUGAGAAGAUUGAAAGGAACUUCAAAUAACAGGAAGGAGAAGAUGUCAGCAGAAACAAAGCUUCUCUUUGACCAGUUAACUGAAGAUGCUAUGAAGCUGUUGGAGAAUGGUGAAUUCAAUGUAUACCAUGAAAAGCAGGAGGUUUUUGAGCGUGAGGCAGAAGGUUAUGAGAGGUUAGCUCAAGCAAAGGGAGAGGGCACAUCCAUGGGUGCAGUUCAAGGAGCAUCUGGUUCUGUUAUGGAACGGGACUUGUUCUCUGUAACACAUCUUGGAGCAGCUGCUUCCAUACUGCCUGAGACAGCUGCAGGUUCUUCAAACCUGAAUGGAUCUACUACUGAAAUUUCAAACAAUGAUAAUGAUGCAUUUGAUAUGUUUGGAGAAGAUGAUGAACCUGCUCCUGCUAAUUUAUCCUCUGAUGGUGGUAAUUUAGCUACUGUUCCUAAUUCUGAUAUGAUCGAUCAACCACUUUCAGAAGUCCAAGACACAAGUUCUGAAACUGGAGCUUUGCAAAAUGAUUAUGUCUAUGACGAGUCUUCUGGGUACUACUAUAGCAGCAGUUUGGGCUACUAUUAUGACCCAUCUUCGGGACUGUAUUGCUCUGCAGCAUCUGGCCAAUGGUACUCAUUCAACGAGGAGACAGGCACAUAUGAUGAAAUUCAUGAGGUUGCAUCCAACACAAGUUAAAGCUGAGACAGUUUUUUGAGGUAGCAAUUGAGGAGGUUUGUACAGAGCAGAUAUCUGUAGUGUGAAAAAGGGAUAGUGGAAGGUUUAUACGUACAUGGUGAGUACGUUUUCUUUAGUUGAAAGCUUGACCUUUUACUGGGUUUCUUACUCUAGAUCUCCUGAACUUUCUCUGUACCAUGUUUCAACUCAAUAUGAUGCUGGUUGAUUACUUGAGAGACAAAGAAAUCAUGUUCCCUAUCAGUGUAGGGAUCUCAAUGUUUCUUUUUCUCAAAUCUGUUUUGGGCGACUGAGGAGGCAACUGGGCUUUGUGAAAUAAUAUAUCAUGUCUUAGGCAAUUCAAUCUGCACUUUCUAUUAUUAUUUUUCUGAA